GCAAUAUUGUUCCAGGAGGACAUUCAGAAAGUUAAAGAUAAUCUAAGGAAAGCUCAACUACAGAUGAUUGAACAAGCCAACAGGCACCGUCGACCGUCUACAUUCAAAGAGGGUGAUCUGGUUUGGGUAAAAUCUAAAGAGUUUUCACUAGAGAAAGAUGUGUCCCAGAAAUUGCUUCCUGUCUAUUUUGGACCCUGGGAAGUUCUCAAAGUAACUGGAGAUGCAAAGGGACCGUCUUAUCGCAUUGAUGUUCCCCCUCAUCUCAAAACAUAUCCUGUCUUUCACGCGUCCAAACAGUUGCCCUAUGUAGAAGGGAAUGGAUUUCCAAACAGACCCAUUAUGAUUCCGCGAUCUAUGGAAGGCAGAUAUGAUGUAGACAGAAUCAUUGAGCAUGGUUACUUCUCUACGAGAGGACGUGGACGACCUCAGAAGCAGUUCAAGACGCUGUCUUUGAAACCAGAUUGGCCAAAGGGCUACUCCAGAGUUGGGGCAGCUCUAAUGGGCUUGAAUCGUUAUGAAGAGGCAAUUGAAGUCUAUGAAAAGGGUUUGAAGCUGGACAAGGAGAAUGAAAACUUAAAGGAGGGACUCGAACAGGCCAAAGUGCUGAAGGAGAAGGAAGAUCAAGAAGAUGCCAAACAUGGACGACACAAGUUCCGCAAGCGCAAGGUGGAGAAAGAUGGAAGCGGUCCCGAGGAAGACAUUAUGUCCAAGAAGCAGGACAAUUCGAAGCGGCGGUCAGAUGGAAAGAGGAAAAAGACGCAAUCUUUAUUAUCAUUUGAUUGUGAAGGAGAAGCACCGUCAGCAGAUGAGUGAGCUUGCACCCUCAGUUUCCAAAAAAGGAAACCAAAACCACAGUGCAGCUUUUAUAGGAAUGAUGAAGUGGGCAAUUGAAAUGACACUCCACGUAGAGAGUGGAGCCAUGAGGUACCGUCUUCCACUGCGAACACAAGGCAUCCUCAGCUUGACUGCACCUGACCAGAGUUAUCGCUUGUAUUCAUUUAGGUCUAAGGUGCAUUAUGCUGGGGGGGAAUGAGAGGAAGAUGGUAGGUGACAGGAGGGAGUACGCUCUACUGAUAUGUAGGGAUAAG